AUGGCAGAGCCCGAUGCGUACGGCGCAUGGCGGCAGGUGCAGCAGCAGCUGCAGCACCACCGCCAGCAGCAGCAGCCGCCCGAUCCCAGCCAGCAGGGGCACAAGCAGCAGCAGCAGCAGCGCACGACGCCGCCCAUGUGGCUCGUCGUGUGGGUCGCCGUCGCGUCGGAGUGGCUGCGCGGCUACAUGGGCGGCAUGUUUUUCGGCGCCAAGAUCAUCCUGUCCCCACGCUGGCGCUCCAUGCUCCUCAACACGCACAUGCAUGUCAACAAGAAGGAGAUCGUGUGGGACCCGACAUCCCUGAGGUGCAAGCGCUUCGAGGGCGCCGCGCCGCGGCCCGACCAGGAGGCCGGCGUGACGACGAGCGAGCUGCUGUUCCCGCUGCUCGGCGCUGCGCUGGCGGGCUGGCUCACGCGGCGCGUAGGGCGCCGCACGUCGGUCAUGAUCGGGAUCGUGUUGAUGUGUGUAGGCCAGUUGAUGGCGGGCAUCACGGCGCAGUACCCAAUCUACAUCGUCGGCUCAGAUAUAUACUCAGGAGGAUCUGUCAUGGUGAUGCAGGCCAUGCUAAUAGAGGUGAUCGAGGUCGUUCCCACAACUUCCCGCGGCUGGCUGACCUCCCUCGGCGGCGUGGCCUCGAGCGUCGGCUUCGUGAUGGCAGGGCUGGUGGUUUUGGCGAUCCAGACCGCCCAGUGGAGCCUCGCCAAGUGGCAGUGGGGCUUCAGGCUGAGCCUGCUCAUGGGGAUCUGGCCGGCGGUGCUGCUGCUGCUGGUGGUGCCGUGGAUGCUCGACACCCCCAGCAGCCUGCUACAGCGUGGGAGGCUCCACGAGGCGCGGCAGGCGCUGCAGUCGCUGAGAGGGGAGUUCUCUGACGUCCGUGAGGAGUACGAGGCGGCUGCAAAGGCUGUGAGCGAGGGCAAGGGCCGCACCCAACUGAGCCUGCUGUCUGAGCCCCAGCAGCGGCCGGCGCUGAUCCUUACGGUGUGUCUCGCGGUCUUCUCCGCUGCGCUGGACCCAAGGUGGAUCAUGGACCCAGACACAAACCUCUUUGGCGCCACCGCGGCAGUGGUGCAGAUGCCUGUGCUGUACACCACCCUCCUGCCCUCCAUUGCCGGCGUCACUGGCGCCGUCAUCUGCUGCUUCAUAGUCGACCGCAUCGGCCGCCGCGGCCUCAUGGCGGGCUCCGCCGCGGCGCUGGCCGUGCUGGCCGCGGCGCUGGCGGGCAUGAUGGGGCGCUACGUGCGCACGGUGGCACAGGGCCGCGACUGGGACGCGGGCGUUGGUGGCGUUAUGCUGCUGCUGCUUUACCUCAUACACGUGCGAUCUGGGCUCAUCAGCAACGUCGGCUGGUGA